CUCACAAAUCACAAGUUUUGCUGCAGUUCUAUUAGUUUUUAAUUUACUUUAUUAAAAAGUCACAAAAUGACCGAACAAUUAGAAAGCACAGAAACUCAGCCUUUGGCCAAAAAUCGACGAUCACUGCAAGUGCAGGAGACGCUUUUUGAGCAUGUUGUUAAGGUACGCACGAAGAAAGCAGGCAAGUCCGAAUCGGCGAAAAGUGUGCCGACCAUUCAGCUCCCGGAUCCAUCGAAGAUGAUAUAUGUGGAUGACGCCGAACAAUAUCAAACCGACCUGCCGCACAACGGCACCGUCGACACCCAGCUGUUGGCCCCGCCAGCGGCCGUUCCCGUUCACAACGAUCGCAACAAACAGCUUGUGGUUACGCAUGGAGCCGAAAACGCCGGUUACCUUACCCGCGACCAGCUGGCCAAGUACGUCUACGCCGGCAAAGGCCGCGGUUGGCGCUGCUUGCGGAUGAGCUUGUUGCUGCUGUUUUGGGUGCUCCUCAUCGGUCUGCUGGUGGCCACCGCCCUUUUGGUUUACUGGGAUCCACGCCGCACUGUCGGAGCGCAGUGGGAACGAGCAUGGUGGAAACGGGGCGUCAUCUACCAGGUCAACGUCAAGAGCUACCAGGACGGCAACAGUGACGGCGUUGGCGAUCUCCAAGGGCUUAGAAGCAGGCUAGAGUACAUCUCUCAGCUGGGCGUGUCCACUGUCCUCAUCACGCCCAUCUUCCUGUCGCUGAGCGGCAACAGUUUCGCGGUACAAGACUUCAAGGACAUCGACCCGGCAGUGGGCACCCUGGACGACUUCGACCAAUUAAUGAACGACGUCCACACUCGAAACAUGAGUCUGGUGAUGGACAUGAUCGUCUCACGCACUAGCCAGGAGCACGCGUGGUUCAAAGCGGAAGCGGGACCGGACCGGCGCAGCCAGACAGCCUAUUACGUGUGGCACGGUGGUGCCUGGGAUCAAAGCAUCCUUUUCGAUGGGGAGUACAUCCCUGGCGUGCCCAACGCCAUGUCCAUCCAGCGGUCGGAACGGGGUCCGGGCUAUCCCUCGCAGUCGGCAUGGGAGUGGUCGGCCAACCGGCGCCAGUACUUUCUGCAUCACUCCUCUGCUGACCUGCCUGAGCUGGACUACAGCAACCCGGCGCUGCGUCGCCAGAUGGACGAGGUCAUCCGCUUCUGGAUGGGCCGCGGGGUUGACGGGAUCCGCUUGUUGGACACUCAGGACAUGAUCUUCGCCGCCAAUGUUCAGCGCGAUUAUAUGAACCAGAUUAAUCAGCACCAACCGCGGCGCCUGUCCAACGAGGCGUUGGACGUCAUCCGCCACUGGCGCCGCGUCAUGGACGAGCCGAUGAUCAAUCCCACGCGCAAGCACAAAUUGCUGGUGGUCAAAGGUGAGAAUCUCCAGGAGGAUGCCGCCGGUUUAGUAACGGCGGGAGUGGAUCUGGUGAUGAAUGACAAUCUUCUCACCAUCGACUCCGUCAGCACCGGAAAUCAAAUUGCACGGAUCAUCGAGAGUGCCCUGAAGAGCGUCUCCAUAAGCCACCCUGAUGCGGUGGGCUGGGCGUUAACGGAUUACGACCAGCACCGUCUUACCUCCAGGAUGGGCAGCCUGGAGUUGAUUGACGGAAUGAACAUGGUCUGUCUACUGCUGCCCGGUUCCUGUGUGACAUUCUACGGGGAUGAGCUAGGUCUGAAGGACGGACCCGGCAGUCGACAAAUGCGCCGACAAGAUCCGAAUUUCGUGGUACGCGGCCCUCACCUGAGCCCGAUGCCGUGGUCCAGCGAGCACUUGGCCGGUUUCACCAACUUCACAACCGCUUGGCUGGCCGUUCUCGAUCCACGCAUCAACUUCCACCAAACGGUCUCUUUCCAGCAGCGCACCGACAAGUCCCACCUUAAAAUCUUCCAGCAGUUGGCGCGGCUGCGCCAAGACAAUGAGGCGGUGCGCGGCGGAACGUACCACAGCGGCGUGGUGGGGCAAAACCUCUUCUCCUUCAUCCGGCAGGCGGCCGAUGGUAGCGGAGUCUUGGUGGCCGUCGACUUGCGGAAAACAGGGAAGGAGGUUCAGGAGUAUGCGUUGCUGCCCGGCGGCAUCAAGCUGCAGCACAAAGGCAGAGCGCCGCCGGCCGGCGAGACGCAUCCGCUGUACUGGGCCGAUGUAGCCGUCGGCUCUGAGACGGUGUUCAAACGCAGUGAUCCCAGCGUGCAGUUGGCAGCCAGUAAUGCCACCGUCAACCUGUAUGCCAGUCUAUAUUUGCGACCCGCUGAGGCGGUGGUGCUCAAGUUCCCCAGCGUGUGGGCAGAGAACGGCAUGGCCAAACGGGGAGUGGACGUCACCAGCACGACAUAUAAGCCAUAACUAAACUGCUGCUGUAAUCAAUACUGAUUACUGACCAAUGCAUGUUACCCCCUGAAUACGUACUAGAAUCAUUCUAUUGUCGUUUUAUUCGGCGAUGCAGAACCAAUUUGGCCGAUGAGCACUUCUACUGUUCGCCGCCACCAGUACUCGUACCAAUACCAGUACAGUAAAUCAUUCGUACGCUCGUUCAUAUUUUAUUAACUUCAAUGAAUUCGCUAUAAAACCAGCACUCGCUUUGCGAGGUGGUAUAAUAUUGCAUCACAUCAAUUUUUGCUGUUAAGCUAUUCAGCGGAGGUUUAAGUAUUACGUAAAAAAGUAGGGAAACAAAUAAAAAUAUAUCACCACUUAUCACGUGGAAGAGCCAGUCUGUGAGAGAUGUUUGAUGACAUCCACCCAGUUCCAUCCUCGCGGAUGCUCCUUAUCCUCCACAGCACGCACAACCGCCUCCACCGUCUUCUCUCGCUCCUUCUCCCUCUCGGGAGCGCGAGCAACCUGGAGGUCCUCGGCCAGCAGGAGACUGUCCACAUUUUGGCUGACGUACUCGAAGAGGCUGUAAGUCAUGGGGCAGCCCAGCAGCGUGCUGGCUUCCUGCAGGAGCUGCGCGCGGAUGCGCUCCUUGCUGGCGUGCGAGAGAUGAUUAUUGUAGAAGAUGUCUAGACUGAUAUCGGGCAGGGCGUCGGGAUAGCUGGCCGGCCAGUGGACCUGUACCAGCAGGCGCUUAGCCGGCUCAGUGGAGGAUUCCACGCGCAGCUGGUACGUGGAGGGAUCGACGCUGUGGAAGGCUGCGUCGCCGCUGUAAAUAGACUGCAGGACUUCGGCUUCUUCGGCGCGCUGGCUCGAUUGGAGGGCAGCGGCGUCGUCCAUGCUGUCUUGCUGGAGCGCUGCAGAUGCUUGAGCAACCUGAGUUGGUGAGCGCACAAGUCACGGUCUCACGGGUGAAUGUCGUCACUGGCCAGAUUGAUGCUGUUUGUAAGAUCGUCCGCACAGCGGUUGAAGGAGCUACGCUCAACUGUGUAAUUGUCAGCUUAUGAGCGCACCUACUGUCUACAGGCUUACAACCACAUCCGCGCGUUAACAAAGUUUAAGCAUCCAUCCACAGCAGUGCUCGACUUCAGCAAGGACUGUAAAAUGUCAAUUAAAUUGGUUCAAAGAAAACGCAAGCUAAUCGUGGUCAUACAGUUAUGAAGCAUUUUGAUUUCUUUUGAAAAUUGAAUAUUGUUUACUGGACCUUUAAUAAGUAUCACGUGAAAGUACGAACUAAGUACUAGAAAAGAGAAGUUUGAUUAAGUAUGCAAACGAGACAGCGGCAACUACUGCUCCUUAGGGGUGAACUGCCAUUCACGCACCCCGAUGUUAGGGGGCCAGUUGUCUGCCGUGAACAUUUUUUCAGACUCACUGGCGUAAGAACCAACACGUGCGAACAAACUAUUCUUACGACCCUUUUUAGCAGAAUAAAUUGAGACAAAUCUGACAGAGAUCCCGAUGGAUUCGAUGGUUGCCUUCAAAUCCCUACUGUAGUCGUCAGGGGUCUGGUGCUCAGUCUGCUCCAG